GAACAAGCUGCGGGGGCUAACCAACACUGCCGAUAACGAUAGGCGAUUCGUAACAGGAUUCGGUCACUCUAAGAAUAUCCCAACUGCAGCAUGUCGGAAAAAGAUGUUGCGAGCGGAGAGGGCUCCAAUGAACCCAGGGAAACCAUUUGGUACACUAUUGGAGAGCUUGUGGAAAUGGUUGUGUGUCCAGGUUGUGGAAUAUCUAUGGUGUCGUUUAAAAACCGAUUCGCACAUAUUAAGAAGUGCUUUAGCAUCAAGAGACGAGGUCCUUUGUACCGGAUUCACGGAUAUGCGGAGUGCAAGUGCGGUUUUCUUAUUGCAGACACGGAAAAAGCCCGAAAAUUGCAUUGUUGUUCGGGAAAACUUCGCCCCUGCAAGCCAAUCAUACCAGCUGAGCCAAAACCCCCCGCAGAAGAAGUUAAUACAUCAAAAAAGGAACAGGCUUUGCAGCCGUUGAUACGCAACUUUAUAAGCCCCAUCAAGCAGCAGGAGUUUCCUUUUCUGGACAUUUCAUAUUCCAGUAAAUCUAAUCCAAAACCACUGUCGAGACCACGUGUCCGUAACUUCGAUAGACCUAGAAGUCAAGCUCCAAAGGAAGUCUGUGUGUACUCCAUAAUUCGGAGGAAUGGGACUAUUUCAGUGACGGGAAGAUCCAUCGUUAGGUACCGGGGAGGCAACGAAAACAUUGCCAUACUUAAAAGGCGGGAAAUUAGACUGCCUGCAAGAAUUAAAAAUGAAAAACGUAAAACAUAAUUAUGUAUAAGUAAA